GGACAAAAGCCUUUCCAGACUGGUCCCGAAAGCAUCCUGCGUACUUAUGCCUGCUGGUUGCCAUGGUGAAUGAUGCUGAUCUGAAGAAAUGAAUAGUGUGAGCGUUGGGGGCGGCAGUGGGAUUACUCAGACGGUGGCGAGAGAGACAUCAAGGAGAGCCCAGAGCAGAGGGGGAAAGGCAUCAUUCCCUUAGCUCGGGUCCACCCUGCCUCUGAAGGCUACGCUCUAACUGGCAUCAGCACACAAGCAUCAGGAUCAGGAUGGAAAUCGAGGUGUGGAACCUUUCUUCUUCGAGAGCCAUCGUUUCCUGGAAGCCCUUGGAGCCCUGCCAGGAGGACCAUUACAAUGUUAUGUACAGGGCCAACUGGAACAACAUCUUCACCGGCUACAUUCGCAACAGCUUCCACUAUGAGGAGAAGGUGCCUCGAACCGUCAGCAGGGUGGCCCUCGAGCAUCUCGCCCCUUCCACUUUCUACUUCCUGUGCGUCAGCUGCAAGAAGAUCACCUACCCCCACAAGCAUCACUGCACCAUGUUCUACACCCCGGAUAAGAACCCGCUGGUUCCCAGAGGCUACCUGGUAAACCCCCAGCUCUCCCUGUGGGUCCUGCUGGCCAUUCUGCUGGCCUGCUUCACAGCUGUGCUUGCUUUCAUCUGCCUCCAGUACUGGUGCAUCCGCUGCCAUGUGCCACGCUGGUCUUACAGAGAGCCCCACCUAAUGGAAGCCAAUGGGUUGGUGAGAUGGCCGCGGGACGGCCCGGCUCUCGAUCAGGAGGAGGAAGACCAGCAGGGGGUCCCCCUGGUGGAAAUGCCACGCAGAGAUUCAGGAGCUGGAGUGGAACCGGAGGCCGAAGCCGCAGCCGACGCCGCAGCUGCAGCUGAUGCAGAUGCCGAAGAUGACCCGGAUGCCCCUGACGCAGGUGCCCCCCAGAGGGAGGGUGGUGGCCAACCUGGCAUUCUGCCUCAUUUUGAGGGGUGA